GCUGAAUCAAUUAGAAGCUAGUUUUGAAAGAUCUAUAUCCACAUUAAAUUUUAUAUAGUACUCCGUCCUCCGUACUCCGUACUUACUCUGUAUAGAGUAGCGUGAAAUAUUAAUAUUAUAUCCAUGCCAUGGGAACCGCCUCCCGGAAUUAUGAUUUCCUGUUAGCUGACAUAAGCAUCGCCAAGAUCGGCUCCGACCUUCCCAUCUUGCCCAACUCCGGUGAGAGAUAUCUAGAGAAACUCCCAAUCUAGUUAAUCUCGACGUUGCCGGGUUUGAAUUGUAUUGACUAUCGACAGCUACAUUGGGAUGCGGUCGACCCAGGUAUUGAGAGCGGCAAAGUCUGCCAAUGCUAUCCCCGUUAACCAGAAAUACACUCUUCAAUCUACCGGCGUUUGGGAACGCAUUCGUCGGUUUUUAGCCGUCGACCCUAACAGAUCAAAUGGUGUUCCAUUGAACCCUCAAUUCCGAAACCCCACCCCAGGCGCACUCGCACCACAAUCCUACGAUGACCCUGUCACGCUGCCCGCUGGCGAUAUUGCUGACAACCCAUACUGGAAACGAGAUGGACGACGAAAUUACGCCCGCCCAAGCGUACUGAGGCAGGCGGAUGUUGUAGGACUUCUUACUGUUGGAAGUGAGGCGUCUCCUAAAGCAGACGUUCUUCAGAUCGGAGACGCGGGCGCCCAGCAGCUUGUGGAAGUUAGGCAAAAAGGAGAGGCACACGGGUUAGCUGCAUUCUUCGAGAAGGAAAAGAAUGUUCAGGGUGUGCUAGACUCACAGGGACUCCCGCCUAUGGCUCCGAACUUAAACCCGGCAUCGAGGUAUGAGCUAGGCACUGAACAUGGCUAUCCGUCGAGUUAUCCAUGCCGUACUUUCGUGUAAUUUUUCCGUACCAGAGCCAGUUUAGUUUUCAUCUCAUAGAGGCAAAUGUACAGAUUUCUUUUCGUUAAGCUUAUUCUUGUGAUUUGAAUGAACAUUUCGUAUCAACUGCAAGAUACAUCUCCCUUGGGAGAUAUGUAGGUGUAGAUUCCAAUACUUAUCCGAACGUGGUGCCGGAGCCGUUUUGAUAUAGACCUCGAUUUGCCAGGAAACUAGGUUCAAAGUUCCCAUGCUUUCCAUUGGGGCUAGAGGCAUUCGAAACUAGUAGACCAAACAUAUAUUGAUUUAUGUGUCUAAAUAUCACGUAUCAGAUUACAGUCAAGAAAAGAAGAGAAUCAACUGUCAGGGUUGGAGGAGCCAUUAGAAGAACAAACUCUCUCC